CCACCAGAGCGUCCCCCAGCUCCGCCCUUUUGCCUAUUUAUUCACCCCGACGGGAAAACCCUAGAUAUAGCGCAAAAGUUCCAGAAAGAAGUCCGUAGCCGCCGCCGUCGUCGCGGGGAGAUCAGAAGCUCUUCCCGGCACCCUGCCGGAGGGGAGAUCAUCACCGGAGGCCUUCUUCAUCACCAUGCCCGCCUCCGGAGUGAUGUGUCUCUACUUCAACCUUGGUGCCAUUCUUUGUUUCCUACUGGUCGAUUAAACCUUGGUUUCAUAACUGAGGGGAAUACUUGUUGAUGUCUACAUCACCACCUUCCUCUUGGGGUUUCCCAACUCGACUGACAUCAUCGAAUUUCUGGCGCCGUUGCCGGGGAGACAAAGUGGCACUCACAGAAGUUUUUCUCCUUCAUCACCUCCAACAAUUUCUUGCACCGUGGGGAACAAGAAGAUUUCCACAAGGGGAGUCCUUCACUUCCAAUCUCUUUAUUUUGUUUUUGUCUUGCUUAGUUUCUUUAGUUUUGUUUUUCUCGCCUCUUUUAGAAAAACAUAAAAAAAAUUAGUUUCCUUUUUAGUACUUGUUUUAGUUGCCUUAUUCUAGUCUUGCUAGGAUGUCUGUUGCUGAGAACACCAAGUUGUGUGACUUUACUAGCACCAACAAUAAUGAUUUUAUCUGUACACCUAUUGCUCCACCUGCUGAGACUGCUUUCUAUGAAAUUAAGCCUGCUUUGUUGAAUCUAGUUAUGAGAGAGCAAUUUUCUGGUGUUAGUAUUGAUGAUGCUGCUACUCACCUCAAUAAUUUUGUUGAGUUAUGUGAGAUGCAAAGGCUCAAAGAUAUAGAUGGGGAUCUUGUUAAGCUUAAACUGUUUCCUUUCUCUUUAAGAGGAAGAGCUAAAGAAUGGUUGUUGUCUUUGCCUAAAAAUAGUAUUGAUUCUUGGGUUAAGUGCAAAGAUGCUUUUAUAGGAAAGUAUUAUCCCCCUGCUAAGAUUAUUUCCAUGAGGAGUGACAUUAUGAAGUUUAAACAGUUUGAUAAUGAGCAUGUUGCUCAAGCUUGGGAAAGAAUGAAGUCUUUGGUAAAGAAUUGCCCCACUCAUGGACUGUCUACUUGGAUGAUUAUCCAAACUUUUUAUGCAGGACUAAAUUUUUCUUCAAGAAAUCUUUUGGAUUCAGCUGCUGGAGGAACCUUCAUGUCUCUCACCAUGGGGGCUGCCACAAAGCUUCUUGAUAAUAUGAUGACAAACUACUCUGAAUGGCACACUGAAAGGGCUCCACAAGGUAAGAAGGUAAAUUCUGUUGAAGAAACUUCCUCUUUAAAUGCAAAGAUGGAUGCCAUUAUGUCUAUGCUUGCUAGUGGUAAUACUCAUGUUGAUCCAAAUAAUAUUCCCUUGGCCUCUUUGGUGGCUCAAGAGGAGCAUGUUGAUGUGAACUUCGUUAGAAAUAACAAUUUCAACAACAAUGCUUAUAGGAAUAAUUUUGGUAACAACAAUUAUAAGCCUUAUCCUCCCAACAGUGGCAACACUUAUGGUAACUCUUAUAGUAAUUCUUAUGGUAGAACUGGGAUGCCUAGUGAGGAAAGAAUUUUAGAAGUUGAAAAAGCUACUAAAGAAUAUAUGCAACAACAAUUUGAGCAAAACAAAUUAUUCACUAAAACUAUGGAAGAACAAUCUGCUAUGUUGAAGCAAAUUAGUCAUCAACUUGGAAAUUUAAAUAGGGAGAUUCCUGGGCUUCAAACUAAAAUCUCUAAGGCUGAAAGUAGUAUUUCAUCUUUGUCCCAAGCUCAAUCUUCCUUGAUUAAUAAGAUGACUGCUAAAACUGAAACCAUUGAUAGCAAUCCCUUUGCUACUUUGAAUGCCAUCCAAGUUAGAAUUGAUGAAAAUGUUAGGAUGAUGGCUGAAUUGCAUGCUAGGUGGGAAAGAGAAGAUGAAAUUGCUAGAAACAAAGAAAUAACCAAAGUUUGUACCAUUACCACCACUAGUAGUGCUGAAACUCCAAAUAUUAGUAAGCCUCCUAUCAUUAAUAAUAAAAGAUUUAGCAAAGAAAAGGCCUCUCCUCCUCCUAAAAAACUGCCUAGAACCACUGAACUUGAUAUUGAUAGUGGUGCUGAAAUUUUUGGGAAAGUAGGAGACCAUAGUCCCCUGGUCUUUGAUAAUAAUGACUUUGCCAUUAACCAUUGCACUAUCUCUAAAGUCAUUAAGUACCUACAAAAACUUGCUGAAAGUCCCCACACUAGUUCCCAAAAUUUGGCUUUUACAGAACACAUAACAAAUGCUCUAGUAAAAAUUAGAGAAAGAAAGUUAAAACAAGAAGCCUCUAUCCCUAGGAAGAUAGAAGAUGGUUGGGAACCCAUCAUUAAAAUGAAAGUGGAUGACUUUGAUUGCAAUGCUUUAUGUGACCUUGGUGCUAGUAUCUCUGUGAUGCCUAAGAAAGUUUAUGAUAUGCUUGAUUUACCACCUGUGAAGAAUUGUUAUUUGAAAGUUGUUCCUCCUGAUAUUUCCAAGAAGAAGCCUUUGGGGGGAGUUGAUGAUGUUCUUAUUGUUGUUAAUAACAACCUUGUCCCUGUUGAUUUUGUUGUUUUGGAUAUUGAAUGCAACUCUUCUUGUCCUAUUGUUUUGGGAAGACCUUUCCUGAGAACUGUUGGUGCUACCAUUGAUAUGAGAGAAGGGACUACUAAAUAUAGUUUCCCACUUAAGAAAGGUAUUGAGCACUUUCCUAGAAAUAAAAAGAAGGUAGCCUAUGACUCUAUCAUUAGAGCAAAUUAUGAUGUUGAUGCUCCUUCAUUUGAAAACACUUGAUUUUCUCAAACUUUCUGCGCCUAGCUGAAAGGCGUUAAAGAAAAGCACUUCUUGGGAGAUAACCCAUGCUUUAUUUUCUGUUGUUUUUCUCUUUUGUUGAGUCUUGGAAGUUGUUACCUCUGUAGCAACCUCUCCUUAUCCUUUUUGUUUGGUUUUUGUGCCAAGGAUAACCUCUAAUGGAAGAAGGUACAAUUUUUGGGGAGUUGCUGUCCCGAGACAGAUUCUGUGCUGUUACCAAAAAAAAUCGUAUGCCCAGCCAGAACGUCAGAAAAUUAUGACUUUUAACGAGCAUAUGCCCCUGGUUUUGUCUAACUUUCAUUAGUUUUGCACUUUUCGAUUUGAGCAACAGAAGGUGGUUCAAAAAAAUGAUCUUUACCUGUUGUUCUGUUUUGACGAAUUUCUCCCAUAUUUUGCCUCUAGCCUCUUUACCUAUUCUUUUUGAGCUCUAAUGAAACGAGGAGCCUCGGGAAGAAGUAGCUACAGUAGCUAUGCUUUAUGAAUGAGUUUGAUUUGUGUUGGAACUGAACCCAAGUGAUCCUUUAUUUAAAUUUACUAAUGCUGCUAACUGAGAUUUUUGUGAAGUUUUGUAUGAAGGAAGUUUUCAAGUGUAGGGAAAGAAGACUGAUGAGAUGAGAUGAAGAAUGGGCAAAAGCUCAAGCUUGGGGAUGCCCAUGUCACCCCAAGACAUAUUCAAGAAGUACAAGCGUCAAAGCUUGGGGAUGCCCAAGGCAUCCCCUUCUUCAUCAAUAAAAAUAUCAUGUCCUUUUUCAGUACACUAUAUUUUUAUUGCUUCAUAUACUAUGUGUUGUUCUUGGAGCGUCUUUGUUUUUGUUUUUAGUUUAGUUUAGUUUAGUUUGCUAUAGUACUUGGUUAGAUCCCAGCUCUUUUGUUUUGGAGAGAGACACGCUCCGUUUUCAUUGCCUAGAACACUCUAGUUUCAUUCCUAUUACUCUGCGAGUGUUCUCUUUUGCUAGAACUGGCUUUAGUAUUCGUUUUGUUCAGAACUUUUUAGUUCUUCUUUGUAGUUAGGUGUGUUCAACUCUCUGGUCUUUGAUGAGUAUUACCUUUGUGAGUUGUUCCAAAUAAGUUGAAUGGUGUGGGAUUUGAGGAAAAGCUCUAUGCAAAUAGUGGUACAGAAGAUGGCUUGUGUAGACUGUGUCCUAGACUCUUUUAGCUUGUCAUGUUCAUUAUGCUUAGUGUUUAUUGUUGUAGCAUGACUUGUUUCAACUAGUUUUAAGAGUGUUUAUUUGGACCUAUUGAAUGUUCAUGUUUAGCCCUCUACAUGCAAAAGCAUAGUCUAAGUGGUAUUUCUCCUGAAAAAUGCUCUGUUUCGGCUGACUUGGCACAUGCUUACACCAUGUUAUGACUGAAUCAUAGUCAAUCAAGCCUCUAUGAUCACUUAGCUCCUAUGACUUGUAAUUUUCACCCCAUGUGUAGUUAGUAAUGCUUUGUCGCUCUGCAUGAUUAUGUCCAUUAUGCUCUCUUGGUUUGGUCGCUCCCAGUCUAUUGCUAGCUUUCAUCUGUACUGAGUAUGAGCUCUACUCGUGCAUCCAACUCCCAAAAACCAAAGUUUUGCCAAAUGUGUCCACCAUACCUACCUACAUGUGGUAUUUCACCGCCACUCCAAAGUAAAUUACUUGAGUGCUACCUUUAAAACCUUCAAAAUACUCCUGUUUUGUGUUCCUGUUUAGCUCAUGAGGACGUAUCACUUGUUUUACCGUUUCUUUCAUGGUUACUUGGCCUCACACCUCUACUAGCAUGCAUAAUGUGCUGGUCUAAAAUCACAAAGAGAGCAAGGCAACGGGUGCCCAGCCCAAACUUUCUGAAAAGAAAAGCUCCAAACAAAAUAAAUAACCAAACACCGCUCUGCACACUAUGUACUUGAGAGAUCAUAAUAGUGGUGUGCUGGAGAACUAUCUGGGAGCCGCUCUCGAAGCUGAGUAAUUGUGAAAGGGGUGGUAACUCACUUGAUACCAUUCGUUGACAUGACAUACAUACCUCUCAAAAUAAAAGACUUUCCAAUGAAAGCAACUUUUUCAAUCAUCUUUUUAUAAAUAAAAAGCUCUAGCACUUGAGUAAUCCCUGCUUCCCUCUGCGAAGGGCCUUUCUUUUACUUUAAUGUUGAGUCUCCAUCUUCUUGCUUUAUGCACCAACCGAGAGUAGCAUGGUGGACAUUCUUAGUUCUAUGUGCAUUGUCCCAAGGUUAUUAUUAACUAUUCAUAUUGUGUUGUUACAUGUUCAUUAGGACUAUUUGUUUCUAGUCACCAAUUAUCUUUGAAGGUGUCCUGGCAUUUAUGUUUUGCCCUCAAUAUAAAGGACUAUCUGAUUGCCACUUAUGCUACUGUUGAUUAUAUGCGAGGAGACAAACAUGUUUUCAAGGCUCUUUUAUUCAUGAUCUUCUUGUUUGUUCUUGUUAAUGCCUUGACAAUGCUUGCUAAGUUCUUUUGAUAAGAUUUAUAUCUUGCAUGACUUGUUUAGAAGUUCUUUGAUCCUAGCACACAAUGCUUUGCAUAUGGAUGUUUGAGUUUGUGAUAGCAUGUCACCUCAAAAAUUAUUCUUUUUAUCGCUUACCUACUCGAGGACGAGCGGGAGUUAAGCUUGGGGAUGCUGAUACAUUGGAAAUGUAUCUAUAAUUUUUGAUGCUCCGUGCUUGUUUAUUGCCAAUUACUUUAUGUUUUACUUGUGC